AUGUAUCCCCUACGCUCAGCUUCGGCUUUGCGCUCGGUGCCGCGAGCUGCAAAAUUACAACAUUUACAAGCUCGAUACUUCCAUCCAACAAAGCCAACGCAUUCCGCGAUCGACACCUUCCUCAACGGGUCCACGGCUAUUAUCCACGGCGUCCAUACAGUCUCCUACCUGCCCUGGGCUGCCUCAAUUCCCCUCACGGCCGUCUUGGUUCGCUCUUUUAUUGGCUUCCCUCUACAAUUAUAUUCUCGGAUCCGUGCACAGGAAGAAAAACGACUCCAACCACUCAUACAGUCCUGGUCGGCGGUUUACAAUGAGCAGGCAAUGUUGACAGCAGCCUCCCCCGAAGAAAGAAAAAGGCAGGCCAGCAAAAUGAUUCAGCGCCGAGCAAAAGAGAUAUACAGCAUUUGGGGUAUCUCGAAACUGUGGCGCCCACUCAUGUUCCUACAAGUACCAGUCUUUCUUGCCUUCAUGGAGGGACUGCGCGGGAUGAGCGGUAACAAUCAAGGAAUUGUCUCGUGGCUGUACUCGUGGGGGAACUCUUCAACCCCCGAAUCAACAGUUGAGCUUAUGAGAUCGAGACUGGAGCCCAGUUUCAUGGAUGAGGGCGCUCUCUGGUUUCCUGAUCUGUUGGCCGGUGACCAGUCGGGCGUGCUGCCAGCCCUUCUAACCGUUUCGAUAUUGAGUAACAUGGUGGCUGGAUGGAAAGUCAAGUCAUUGAAGGAGAUUUCAGAUCUUCCGAAACUCCAGAUGUACAAGGAAAUCUUCUUCCGUGGCUUGCGAACGUUCAUUCAACUUUUUGCAAUCCAGGUUGGCAUCAUGAGUUACGUCAACCAGCUACCAACUGCUUUGCUCCUCUACUGGAUCACUAGUACCAAUCUCGCUACUCUGCAAACCUGGUUCUUGGAUAAGAAAGUCUUUGCCCAGAAAGAGCUGAAACCUUUCCAGAAGCGCUUCAUAGCCUUCGAGAAGCCCGGCGAGAAAGAUCCCUUCCAGUUGAAGAAUUUGCGUUGA